GCCUUUACCUUGCAAGCACUGUACAAACUCUCUCUAUCUCUCUCUAUCUCUCUCUCAUUCAUGUAAAUCUUCGACUCUCUGUCUCUCUAAACCCAGGGAAACAUCAAAACGAUGAAGAACAACAACAAUUCGGCGGACAAGGGUCGGACAUUGCCGGUGGACCCGAACCUCCCGAGAUGGAUUUGCCAGAACUGUCGCCACAACCUCUGCAUCGUCGGCGUCGAUUCUUACGCCGACAAGUUCUUGAACGAUUCAUCCUCUCGUUCAGGUAUGCAGGGUUCUUCAAUCCAUGGUGCUGCAGGCAGUGUGUUGGGGUCAACACGUAUGGACCAUUCAUUUGUUGUAUUGCCGAAGCAAAGAAAUCAAGUGUCGGGAGUACCUCCUCGUCCUCGUGGUGGAGGGGUGCAGCCUGAUACAAGCCAGUCUGGGAAGGCAAUGGAAGAAUCUUUCGUGGUGUUGCCCCCGCCGGCUGCUUCCGUGUACAAGAGUGACUCCACAUCUGAUGGAGGUGGGGCCCAUUUGCCGUCACCUGAUGGUGGCACAGGUGCUCCUAUGCAGCCAAACAAUUCUGGGUUUCACUCAACCAUAACUGUUCUUACGCGUGCGUUUGAUAUUGCCACAACCCAGACACAGGUUGAGCAACCUUUAUGCCUAGAGUGCAUGAGGGUGUUAUCUGAUAAACUUGAUAAGGAGGUUGAGGAUGUGCACAGAGACAUCAAAGCAUAUGAAGCCUGCCUCCAGCGCUUGGAUGGGGAAUCACGGAAUGUGCUUAGUGAGGCUGAUUUUCUUAAGGAGAAACUAAAGAUUGAAGAAGAAGAACGAAAACUCGAAGCAGCUAUUGAAGAAACAGAAAAGCAGUGUGCUCAAGUGACUGCCGAACUGAAGGAAUUGGAGUUAAAAUCUAGCCGCUUUAACGAGUUAGAGGAGCGGUAUUGGCAUGAGUUCAAUAAUUUUCAGUUUCAGUUAAUUUCACAUCAGGAAGAGAGAGAUGCAAUUUUGGCCAAAAUUGAAGUUUCACAAGCACAUUUAGAGUCAUUGAAGCGAACUAAUGUGCUCAAUGAUGCCUUCCCUAUCUGGUAUGAUGGAGAAUUUGGAACCAUUAACAACUUCCGAUUGGGAAGACUUCCUAAAAUUCCGGUUGAGUGGGAUGAGAUAAAUGCUGCUUGGGGCCAAGCUUGUCUUCUUCUUCACACAAUGGCUCAAUAUUUUCGACCAAAAUUCCCAUAUAGGAUAAAAAUCCUUCCCAUGGGGAGCUAUCCUCGGAUAAUGGACAGCAGCAACAAUACAUAUGAACUUUUUCUCAGGUUUGGUCCGGUGAACUUGUUUUGGAGCACUCGCUAUGACAAAGCCAUGACAUUGUUCUUGACUUGUCUUAAGGAGUUUGCAGAGUUUGCAAAUUCCAAGGAUAAAGAAAACAACAUACCAGCCGAGAAAUGUUUCAAACUGCCUUACAAGAUUGAGAAUGAUAGAGUGGAAAACUACUCUAUAACGCAGAGCUUCAACAAGCAGGAGAAUUGGACUAAAGCUCUUAAGUACACACUCUGCAAUCUGAAAUGGGCUCUAUACUGGUUUGUUGGGAACUCAAAUUUCCAGCCUCUUUCGACAACGGUUUCUUCACAUGACGUUCCUGCUGCAGGAUCUUUGUACUCGCAACGCACUGGUGACUCCAAGUCUGAAUCUCGAAACUUGUCAAACCAAUAGUACAAAAUUACCUCCUAAGCAACUUACCAUUUGUAAGUAAAUCUACUGAUACAAUGAAUCUGGUUCAAUUCAUAGCCAAUCAUUUCUAGAUGUGUGUCAUGUUACUUGUGGGUUAGGUUCUUAGUACCACACCACAGUUAGCUUUGUAUGAAAGUACAAAAUUAAGUUCUGUGUAAACAUUUAUUCCAGUAUUAAUAUAAUGGCCUACACUGUAUAUUUAAAGCACUUUUCAGACCUUCA